AUGGAGUCACUCAACAUCUCUGAGUGCGGCAGCUAUCAGGACAACCAGACGGAGCUGCGCGUAACGGGGCGCGCGGACACGGCUGGUUACCUUUUCCACGCGUUAAUCCCCUACGAACCGGUGGUUCCGGUGCUGGCGGUUGUUUUUGUUUCGCUCACCCUCUUCUCCUUCGUGGUCAACGCGCUCACUCUGUACCUCAUCGAAAGUUCUGAUGAUCUGUCCUGGCAGCCGCGCUUCAUCCUCUGUGAGAACCUGAUCCUGAGCGACCUCCUGCAGACCACCACCUUCGGUCCUGCGGUCAUCUACUCACUGAUCCGAGGGCAGACGAUGGCGUGCAACCCCUGGUGUUACAUCCAGUACAUAGUGGGAACGGCCAGCAUCUUCUCCAGCCUCUCCACCAUCACCAGCAUGGCGUUGGAGCGCUACCUUUACGUGUGUUUUGCGCUCCGGUACUUGGUCAUAGUUACCCGGGAGAGACUGAGCAAAGUCCUGGCCCUGAUCUGGGUCUACUCCAUCUCAAUGGGGAUCACCAACAUAGUCCUGCUGCUGCACAGCGGGAAGGAAGAGGAGAACCACCACGUCGUGAUGGGGCUGCUGUGCGAGCCGGACAUCAUGGAGCAGCACAUGGGCUCCCCGCGCGCACCUGCCAUCUUCCGGAAAGUCCUUGGCCCCUUCACGCUGCUGCUGUGCCUGCUGGCCCACGCCUUCUCCUACUACAGGAUGUACCAGAACGCGAGCAACGCCGUGGAGCCGUUCGACGAGGUGAACCACACAGCGCGCAGAACCGUGAUGUUUUACCUCGGGAUGCUCUUCCUGCAGCUGCUGCCGCUCCUCAUCAAAGUGGCCUCGGACUUCCUGCCGGAGUCCCGGAGUCCCGGCGUGACGGAGCUGUCCUCUCAGACCCAGGGGGGCUGCAAACACACCCUCUCAGCCAUAGCAGCGGGGUUUCACGUGUCCCUGCUGAUACUGCUGCUGGUGCCCCCGUGCGUUAACCCUCUGGUGUACGGACUGAGGAGCGUGGAGAUGAGGAAGGCGCUGGCCGACCUGCUCCGGUGGCGCGGAGACAACAGGGUCGCAGCAGAACCUGCAGUGGAGAUGAUACGACAAAGAAACAUUGUGCACAAUGACCUUGCUGAGGCUGGUUAG